AUGGGUGAGCUGCACAAAAGUACACAGCAACCGUUACUGGCCGCUGUGGUGUCAUCAGGCCGUGUACCGCUACGCUUUGCCGCUCCCAAACGACGCCCACACCUUCUCACACAACAACAACAACGAGAAGAACAAGAAAAAGAGUUGUAUGGCGAUAUUGUGAGCCGGCGAGAGAUCUCCCUUCGUCGGUCGUUCAACUCUCUCCAACCACCACUGACGGGCUGCAGUUCGAACAUCAUUGCCGUUGCUGCGGCUCUCGAGCUGCGGAACUUCACCGACGAAGACGCCGCACGUCUCACAUCGCCCGAUGCGCCGCACUGCCACGUUGUGGACGAAGUGGUAGAUGCGCUCUUUACAAACUUCACAACGGCCCCAACGCGGUGUAAGUGGAAUACACCUGUGCCGAGGCCGGAGUGGAAGAAUGAGUUUCGUCUCCGGCAUGAGUGGUGGAUUUCACUGCGAGUAUUGCCUUUAAGUAUGCAAAUGGAGGAACACCAUCCACCAAUGAUCCCAUGGGGUAUACGCAGUAUAGAGACAGAAAAUCAGUUUUUAGCCGAUAUAGCAUUACAUAUGAGACGUAAAGGAGCUGUUUUUACAUUACUUCAUCUAGACCAUAUAGCAUUAACCCCAGAACGAGCAAAUGUUUUACUAUUUGAUGGUGUUCUUCGUAAUGCGUCUCAUGCGUUGGAAUGUUUUUCAAUUCCAUUCUGUGAAGUUGGAGCUGCUACUUUAUUAUUGUUACUUUGUGGAUUUAAUCACUGUCGUGCACUUCAACCACAAUUGAGGUAUUUAAAUCUUUCCUAUAAUUGGAUCAAUACUUCAUGCACAUAUAUGUUAGCAAUGUUAUUGAGUCGAACAUCUGUUCGACGACUUAGUUUACGUGGUAAUCGCUUCGGUGGAGGAGAUAUGUUAACAUUUCAAGAUUUUCUACUUCAAGGAUGCUGUCUCCUCGAAGAGUUAGAUCUAGGUUAUACUUGUUUGACACGAGCUGAAGUAUGUGCCCUUAUUCGAUGCUUACCAGAAAUGCCAAAUCUUCAGGUACUUCUCCUUGAUGGUAUACACGUACCCGCAAGUAAGGCAGUGGCACUUUCUACAGCUAUUCGAAAAUCAAAACUCACAUAUGUUUCACUUAAAGGAAUUGCUGCCUGUUCUGGUGAGGCAUAUCUGCAUCGAAUUCAUUUAGCCUGUCAACGACAUAAAACAGAGCGAAUUCUAUCGAAUGAUCAACUCACUAUGCGAGAAUUGGCAGAAACCGGAAGUUUUUUUGAGGCUUUUGCACGGAGAACAGGUGAGUGGAUGGGUACAGACAAUAGUGCUCUUCCUCCAUCGUAUCGCCCAUUCACCACCAAUGAACCUUCCCUACCGCCAAUUGAUGAGUAUCCCUGA